AUGGAGGCGCCGGCGGUCGAGCCCCCAGCCCGGGGCUGCGGCCCCGCGCCCGCGCCCGCGCCCGCCGCGGAGAGGAAGAAGAGCCACCGCGCGCCGUCGCCAGCCCGGCCCAAGGACGUGGCCGGCUGGUCGCUGGCCAAGGGCCGCCGCGGCCCAGGCCCGGGCGCCGCCGCCGCCUGCAGCGCCGCAUCCUCGGCGCGGCCGGACAAGAAGGGGCGCGCGGUGGCGCCCGGGGCGCGGGUGGCGGGGCCGCGGGUGGCGGGGGUCCGGGCCGGGGUCCGCGCCAAGGGCCGCCCGCGCCCGGGGGCAGGGCCGCGCCCGCCGCCGCCGCCGCCCAGCCUCACGGACAGCAGCUCGGAGGUGUCGGACUGCGCGUCGGAAGAGGCGCGCUUGCUUGGCCUGGAACUGGCGCUGAGCAGCGACGCCGAGUCGGCGGCCGGGGGCCCGGCGGGGGCCCGCCCGGGGCAGCCGGCGCAGCCCGCGCCCUCCGCGCAGCAGCCCCCGCGGCCUCCCGCCUCCCCGGAGGAGCCGUCGGUGGCCGCGUCGUCCGCGGGCAGCAGCCGCCUGCCGCUCAGCGCCUCGCUCGCCUUCUCCGACCUCACCGAGGAGUUGCUGGACUGCGGGCCCGGCGGCUUCGUGCGGGAGCUGGAGGAGCUGCGCUCGGAGAACGACUAUCUCAAGGAUGAGAUCGAGGAGCUGCGAGCCGAGAUGCUGGAGAUGCGAGACGUCUACAUGGAGGAGGACGUGUACCAGCUGCAGGAGCUGCGGCAGCAGCUGGACCAGGCCAGCAAGACCUGCCGCAUCCUGCAGUACCGGCUGCGCAAGGCCGAGCGCCGCAGCCUUCGUGCGGCCCAGACCGGCCAGGUGGACGGCGAGCUCAUCCGCGGCCUGGAGCAGGACGUCAAGGUCUCCAAGGACAUCUCUAUGCGGCUGCACAAGGAGCUGGAGGCGGUGGAGAAGAAGCGAGCGCGACUGGAGGAGGAGAACGAGGAGCUCCGGCAGCGACUCAUCGAGACUGAGCUGGCCAAACAGGUGCUGCAGACGGAGCUGGAGCGACCCAAAGAGCAUUCCUUGAAGAAAAGAGGAACCCGCUCCCUGGGGAAGACGGACAAGAAGCCUUCGGUGCAGGAGGACAGCGCAGACCUGAAGUGCCAGCUGCACUUUGCGAAGGAGGAGUCGGCCCUCAUGUGCAAGAAGCUCACGAAGCUGGCCAAGGAGAACGACGGCAUGAAGGAGGAGCUACUCAAGUACCGCUCGCUCUACGGCGACCUGGACGCCGCGCUGUCCGCGGAGGAGCUGGCCGACGCGCCGCACUCGCGCGAGACCGAGCUCAAGGUGCACCUGAAGCUGGUGGAGGAGGAAGCCAACCUGCUAAGCCGCCGCAUCGUGGAGCUGGAGGUGGAGAACCGAGGCCUGCGCGCCGAGAUGGACGACAUGAAGGACCACAGCGGCGGCGGCGGCGGCUGCGCGGGGCCCGAGGCGCGCCUGGCCUUCUCCGCGCUGGGCGCCGGCGAGUGCGGGGAGAGCCUGGCAGAGCUGCGGCGACACCUGCAGUUCGUGGAGGAGGAGGCCGAGCUGCUGCGGCGCUCCUCGGCCGAGCUCGAGGACCAGAACAAGCUGCUGCUGGGCGAGCUGGCCAAGUACCGCUCGGAGCACGAGCUGGACGUGACGCUGUCCGAGGACAGCUGCUCCGUGCUCAGCGAGCCUUCGCAGGAGGAGCUGGCGGCCGCCAAGCUGCAGAUCGGCGAGCUCAGCGGCAAGGUCAAGAAGCUGCAGUACGAGAACCGCGUGCUGCUGUCCAACCUGCAGCGCUGCGACCUGGCCUCGUGCCAGAGCACGCGGCCCAUGCUGGAGACGGACGCCGAGGCCGGCGACUCGGCGCAGUGCGUGCCCGCGCCGCCCGGCCAGGCGCACAAGGAGGCCGAGGCGCUGCCGGGGCUCCGGGAGCAGGCCGCCCUGCUCAGCAAGGCCAUCGACGUGCUGGUGGCCGACGCCAACGGCUUCUCGGCGGGCCUCCGGCUGUGUCUGGACAACGAGUGUGCCGACUUCCGGCUGCACGAGGGCCCGGACAACAGCGAGGGCCCCCGUGACGCCAAGCUGGUCCACGCCGUCCUGGUGCGGCUGAGCGUGCUGCAGCAGGAGCUCAACGCCUUCACGCGCAAAGCGGACGCGGGGCUCGGGAGCGCGGGCAAGGAGCCCCCGGAGCCCUUCCCGGCGCUGCCCGCCCUGGGCUCCCAGGGGCCCUCCAAGGAGCUCCUGGUGGCCAAAGACCUUGGCUCCGACUUCCAGCCGCCUGACUACAGGGACCUGCCGGAAUGGGAGCCCAGGAUCCGAGAGGCCUUCCGCAGUGGUGACCUGGACUCCAAAGCUGACCCCAGCCGGAGCUUCCGGCCGUUCCGAGCUGAAGACAAUGACUCGUACGCCUCCGAGAUCAAGGAGCUGCAGCUGGUGCUGGCUGAGGCCCACGACAGCCUGCGGGGCCUGCAGGAGCAGCUCUCCCAGGAGCGGCAGCUGCGGAAGGAGGAGGCUGACAACUUCAACCAGAAGAUGGUGCAGCUGAAGGAGGACCAGCAGAGGGCGCUCCUGAGGCGGGAGUUCGAGCUGCAGAGUCUGAGCCUGCAGCGGCGGCUGGAGCAGAAGUUCUGGAGCCAGGAGAAGAACAUGCUGGUGCAGGAGUCGCAGCAGUUCAAGCACAACUUCCUGCUGCUCUUCAUGAAGCUCAGGUGGUUCCUCAAGCGCUGGCGGCAGGGCAAGGUCCUGCCCAGCGAGGGCGAUGACUUCCUCGAGGUGAACAGCAUGAAGGAGCUGUACCUGCUGAUGGAGGAAGAGGAGAUAAACGCCCAGCAUUCGGAUAACAAGGCCUGCCCGGGGGACAGCUGGACCCAGAACACGCCCAAUGAGUACAUCAAGACCCUGGCCGACAUGAAGGUGACGCUGAAGGAGCUGUGCUGGCUGCUCCGGGACGAGCGCCGUGGCCUCACGGAGCUCCAGCAGCAGUUUGCCAAGGCCAAGGCCACCUGGGAGACGGAGCGGGCGGAGCUCAAGGGCCACGCCACCCAGAUGGAGCUGAAGGCGGGGAAGGGGGCUGGGGAGCGGCCAGGGCCCGACUGGAAGGCAGCGCUGCAGAGGGAGCGCGAGGAGCAGCAGCACCUCCUGGCCGAGUCCUACAGCGCCGUCAUGGAGCUCACGCGGCAGCUGCAGAUCAGCGAGCGGAACUGGAGCCAGGAGAAGCUGCAGCUGGUGGAGCGGCUGCAGGGCGAGAAGCAGCAGGUGGAACAGCAGGUGAAGGAGCUGCAGAACCGCCUAAGUCAGCUGCAGAAGGCUGCCGACCCCUGGGCCCUGAAGCACUCGGACCUGGAGAAGCAGGACAACAGCUGGAAGGAGGCGCGCAGUGAGAAGAUCCACCACAAGGAGGCGGUGUCGGAAGCGGAGCUCGGGGGAACCGGCUUAAAGAGGACCAAAUCCGUUUCUUCCAUGUCUGAGUUUGAAAGUCUGCUGGACUGCUCCCCCUACCUGGCCGGCGGUGAUGCCCGGGGCAAGAAGCUGCCCGCCAGCCCUGCCUUUGGCUUUGUGAGCACCGAGCCCGGGGAGCAGGAGAAAGGUGCCAAGGAGAAGUCCGGGCUCUCGCCCCUGGACUGCAGCCGCCUGGGCCCCCUGGCCUGCCAGGACCCCGCGGGCAGGCAGAUGCAGCGCAGCUACACGGCCCCCGACAAGACCGGCAUCCGGGUGUACUACAGCCCCCCGGUAGCCCGGCGCCUGGGCGUCCCCGUGGUUCACGACAAGGAGGGCAAGAUCCUCAUUGAGCCUGGCUUCCUCUUUACCACCGCCAAGCCCAAGGAGUCGGCCGAGGCAGACGGGCUGGCCGCGAGCGCCUACAGCCGGUGGCUGUGCAACUUCUCACGGCAGCGCAUGGACGCGGGCUCCGGCAGCAGCCCCUCUGCGGCCGGGCCGGGCUUCCCCGCGGCCCUGCACGACUUCGAGAUGUCCCGUAACAUGAGCGACGACAUGAAGGAGAUCACCAACUGCGUGCGCCAGGCCAUGCGCUCGGGCUCACUGGAGAGGAAAGUGAAGAGCACAUCCAGCCAGACGGGGGGCCUGGCCAGCGUGGGCACCCAGACCACCCGCACGGUCAGCGUGGGCCUACAGACCGACCCGCCGCGCGGCAGCAGCCUGCACAGCAAGAGCUGGUCCCCGCGCAGCUCCUCGCUGGCCGCGGUGCGCAGCAAGCAGCUCUCGUCCUCGCUGGACAAGGUGCACGCGCGCAUCGAGCGGCCCUGCUGCUCGCCCAAGUACGGCUCGCCCAAGCUGCAGCGGCGCUCCGUGUCCAAGCUGGACGGCGCCAAGGACCGCAGCCUGUGGAACCUGCACCAGGGCAAGCAGAACGGCUCGGCCUGGGCCCGCUCCACCACCACGCGAGACAGCCCCGUGCUGAGGAACAUCAACGACGGGCUGUCCAGCCUCUUCAGCGUGGUGGAGCAUUCCGGCAGCACCGAGUCCGUCUGGAAGCUGGGCGUGUCCGAGGGCCGGGCCAGGCCCGAGCAGCCCAAGUACGGCCUCGUGCAGGAGUUCUUCCGCAACGUGUGCGGCCGCGCCCCCAGCCCCACCGCCGCGGCUGCCUCCGCGGGGGACGAUGGCACCCGGAAGCCGGAGCCGCUGUCCCCGGCCAGUUUCCAGCAGCCCGAGGGCGUGGCCAGGAUCCUCAGCAAGAAGGCGGGCAAGUCGGGCAGUAGCGAGGACAGAGCGGCCGCCGCCCCGCUGCCCCAGCUGGGGAAGGACAGCGGCCCCCGGGAGGGAGAUGGCGCCACGGCCCUGCCCAACGAGGAUGCUGUCUGUGACUGCAGCGCGCAAUCUCUGGCCUCCUGCUUCGCCCGGCCGUCCCGCUCCGCCAUCCGUCACUCUCCCUCCAAGUGCAGGCUGCACCCUUCUGAGUCUGGCUGGGGCGGGGAGGAGAGGGCAGCCCCUCCGAGCGAGUGACAGAGCAGCCAAGCUCCCCGCCUCAACCAGCCCCCAUCCCCGGAUGGCAGAAGAACCAGCAGAGACGAGGCAAGGGGCUGUGCCCUCAGCAUCUCCCAGCCCUGCAGGGACAGCAGCUGCGCCACCACCAGAGAGCGCUGUCACGUCAAGGUAAAGCGUAGUCUUGACCUCCAGCUUCCUUGGAGAACGCAGCGAGUAGGAGAAAGACCAGAACGGCUUCGGAAGCAUCCACAGAGCGCGCCGCUGGGAGCCGACCCCCGAGUCCUGAGGGAAAGCCUCCCCUGGUUCCACCCGUGCCCACCUCUUGGAAGAGCUUGGGAAGGGCAAGACCCCUGGCCGUGCCCUUGGGGAACAGGCCCAUAGGGAAGAACGGGCUUUGCUUGUAGGCUCACUCUCGUGGACUGGGCUGGGCGUCAUCACCGUCCCCUCCUUCCCACCGCCAGCAUUACCUCUUCCGCCCACCCUGCUGCUCUGGGUUUCUGGCACCCUGGGGGGGUAUGAUAGGGCGGGAGCCAAGGCCAAGUACCUGCUUGGAACCCUGGAGCCCUGGAUCUCUCUGCCCAUACCUGGAUGCAGCAAACACUGGGAGAGGGGGUGGGAAUGGCAGGGCUCGGGGGCGGGUGGCCAUUGGAAUCGCCUCCCUUGCCAAGGUGAUUGGAGGGGCCCGGUCUUCCCAGGAGCCUCCUGAGGACAGAGUAGGUAGAGUUCGUCUCAAGACCUGGUGCAUAGAUAAAUGCCUACACACCCACUGCCUUGAUCCAUGGGGCCCACGUCCCUGGCUCCCUGGAAGGGGCACCAUGUUGCCACCGUGUUUACAUCCUGCAGCUGGUGGAGGGCUCAAAUACUCCCUGUGAGAGACUCCCACUUGGCCAGGUCAGGCCAAGGAGGCUCCAGGAGGCCAAUGCCCCGGGCCACAGCUAUCGACUAGGGCCUGGAAACAUUUCUUGUUAAGUUGUUUAUUUGAAUUUUUCUUUAUAUUUAAGGUGGUUUAUUUUAAUAAUUUAAUUUACCCCAGAGUCCCUAAGGUAAUUUAUUGGUGGUUAAGACACAUGUCCUUACCGCUGGGACAAUGCAGGGCUUCCUCGGACGGAGGGGCGUGCCCAGGCUGUGGUCUCCCGGUUACUUUAGGAGGGGCCCUGCUGGUGCUCCCCGCCACCGCUGACCUUAGAGCAUGGCUUGUGAGCCACACCUGGUACUCGCCGGCCCUGGCAAGGCAGAGGCCCCAGUCCCCAGACAGUCUCCAUUUCCUGCCUCGUUUUCCUCCCUGCCUCCGACACACUUCCUUUUUCACAGUGAGUCCAGCAUGAAUUAGCAAGGCUCCAUCAAGAGCAUGGAGAACCCUCCCUGGUCCCCAGGUGAGAGCUCACAGGAAAACAGGACUGAACGUCACGAAUGUUUACUGCAGCUUUGCACACGGAUCUGAAAGCGCCCUGGCCCGCCUCGGUUCUCACCAGCCUGCCAGCCUCUUCACCAGCCUCUCCCCUUAGCCUUACAGCCUCCCACGGCUCUCCUGCCCUUGCCCAUGGCCCAUGGCGCUUCCAGAGCCCUCAGAAGGAUUGCGGCAUGGCUCAUCACCACACGGAGAGGAGGGCCUCCCCCUCGGGGCCAGUGCGCCGUUUUGGCUGCACUCCCGCCUGCAUACACACAGACGCACAGCCCUCCUGGGACUGGCUGGGAGUCCCAGGGGCUCUGUUAGCUUGCCGCCGGGACUCGAGACCCUUGUGCUCCCAUCACCCACCUGCCAGUUCCCAGCCUUACAUCUUCAGGGUCACCUGUUAUCCAGAGUCCUUUGCUUCCAUGCUCUGUCGACAGAGUGCCAGGGUCCCGUCAGUCCUACCAGCUGCUUCCUUGUGCCCUAGUGACUUGGGGGGCAGAGCAGGCCAGCCCGUGGAGCCACGGGUCAGGUCCCCUCUGGGAUGCUGUUGCUCCCAUCCACAAGGUCAGGGGAGUCCCUCCAAGGUCAUCUCCAGGUGAGGGGAUUCACACUGGGCCACAAGCCGCCAGAGGCCUUCUGCCACCUCCCAGAGCUGCAGGGGUCCAGGGAGCCACUGUCAGCCCUGGGCAGAAAUCCGUGUGAGCCUUUGGGAUGACUCAGCCUUACCAUCGUCCUCGUGUGGGGUCACCUGCCGUCUCUGUUGUCUCAGCUCCAGCCUCCUAGUACCCAGUCUGUGCCAGAGGCUGCAGAUCCUGGUCUCCGGUCGCACCCAGGUCUCCACUUCCUGCACACCACUGUGCCAGGCCAUGCCUCAUGCUUCCUGAAGAAGCCUCUGGGCGGGGCAGGGGCGAGGGAAGGGGAGGGGGGUUUCUUGGGGAUGACAAUGUUACAUGUAAAUAUCGGUUUGGUUUGAUUUUUAGCAUUUUACUUGGUAACUGGUUGUGUUUUCUUUUUUGGGGUGGGGGGUUGGUUUGUAAUACUCUUUCGGAAUGUAAUUUCUAAAUUUGUUUGUUGCUUCCACUGCCUUUGAAGUCUUAGUAACAUUCCCAAAGCAGAAAACUGCCUGACCCACAGCGGGGAUUGCCCUGGAGGACUGAGGUCCCGGGAAGGAACGCUGCCCUUCCUCCUUCCUCCCUUCCUGCUCCUCCCUAGGGCCCCCUCCCCAUCCUCCCUCCUCCUCCUCCCCCAUCUCCACUCUGUCUUCAACCAAAGUCCCAAGGAACCCCGGGGUCCCAAUCCCCCGCAGAGCACUUGGCUCAGAUCCGCAUGGUUGGUUGGGAAGAAAAGGCUGACCAGCCGGCAUGGUCGACCCUAAACUGCGUGGCCUCAUAUUUCUUAAGUCCAUCUUCUUCCCAGGGCCAAAUUAGACCCUCCUGGGGACAGCGGUGACUGUACUUAACAGGAAGAUGAGAACACUUGGGUGCAGGCCUGUAUACGCAGGGCAUCAGAACCCAGUUCCCCCCAGCUCCUCCCCCCAGUUCUUUCCCCACCAACAGGUCUUGCUUUCUGUGGACUCAGAAUGGGGCCAGCCCUCUGUUCUCCCCAGGGACACUCUCCUACUUGCUGGCCUCAUAGGUAGCAACAAUGAGGGCCCAAAGACUUGACUAUCUUACACGCUGGUGCCAGCGGGGCUCCACCAUGGCCACUCCCAUGCUCCGUUCAUGGUUUCACCACCAUGCAGUAUCCUGGUUCUUCCCCGCCCCCAUCAGCGCCCCAUGCUCACACUGCCCCUUUGCUAACAACCACAGUAAGAAUGCCCUCCGCACACUGCCCAGAGCACUUUACUAUUUAGGAAACACCUCCUCUUCUCCAGAACCUUGACCAUUAGGCCAUCAUUUGCUCAUUAUUUAUGUAUGUAUUUAUUUGAGAGGCAGACAGAGAGCCCCCAUCCACUGGGUCACUCCUCAAAUGCCAGCAGCAGACAAGGGGGCACCCAGUCUGGUCUCUCUCUUGGGUGGCAUCAACUUGAUUACUUGAUCCAUCACCGCAGCUCCACAGGGUCCACAUUACUUAGCGGGAAGCUGGAGCUGGGAGCUGGGUGGGGGCAUUGAACCCAGGCAUGCAGAUAUGGAACUGGGCAUCCUAACCCACACCUUAACUGUUAGACUAGACGCCCACCCAUAGGCCACUGUUCUUAAAAAGAGCAUUAGUCACACUGGGCUGGUACUGAGGGGACCUGGUCCUCAACCACCAAACUGUGAUUUAUUUUUAAUUUAAUUAUCCCAACAAUUUCAAAUGCAGCAGAGACAAUUUAGAAUUUCAGUCAUGUGUAUUUCAUAGGGCAACAAAAAGUUAAAAAGCAAGACAAAUCCUUCUCCAAAUGUACCUGUGGCGAUGCCCGUAAUCCUGCAGUGAGAUUUCGCUCUUGGCUUUCCUGGCAGCUGUGAUGAAAAGAGAAGCACACCAGGUUUUUGUCACUGCCCUGUUUGUCCAGGAGACAAACUGUCCUGCUGGCUUCUGGCAUGAGCCUUCAGAGGCCACCAAGCUGGUCCGUGCUUCCGCAGGUGACGGUAAGGUACAAGAAUGUUUUCCAGGUGACCAUUUUCUAAAAACAACAAGCUGCCACCAACUUGAAUGACUGACCACGUGGCUAGCCUGUGUCUCCGUGUCCCCAGCUAUGAAGUGGGGAUAAUGUCUUCUACCUCAUGUGGCCGUGGUGAGGACCAAAUGCAGUACUGUGCCUGAGGGUCCGCCUGAAACAGUGAAGGUUCUACAGCGAUGCCAAGUGCUCUGGCCCCAGGGCUGCCACCCCCACCUCCUCGUGAGCCCUGGAGAAUCCGGACCAGUGCCCUCAUUUUUGUUGAGUUGUGCCAAAAUAUCCAUAACACAAUGUCAACUAUUUUAACCAUUUUAGAGUGGCGUUGAUUGACGACGUUGUAAAGCCAUCACCAGUCUCAUUCCCCGAAUUUUUCCAUCUUCCCAAACUCUGCAGUUCUGCUCUCUGUUUGCCCUCCCCACCGCUGGCCCAUGGUGACCUCGGUCCCACUUCUAGGAAUCGGCCUCUUCCAGGCACCCCCGUGGGUAAAACUCAUACAUUAGUCCUUUGUGUCUAAUCCCCUUGUGUUUUCCAAGGAAAAUUCACGCCCGGAGCAGGGAAUGGCUCCCCCAAGGCCACACUGCAGGCCGGGGGCACAGCCAAGGGCAGACCCAGGUUUCCUACCCCGAGAAGGUCCUACGUCCCCAGUGGUGAGUGAGACACGAGUGAGACGCUGCCCUGGCGUUCUGUGAUUGUGGCUGAGCCCCUGCUCUCUGGGCUCAAUUUGUUCCCUACCUCCCACCCAUCCUCUCCCUCAUCACCUCCUUCCACAGCUCCCCUUCUUCUGCCUCCUCUUCUCUUUGGUUUCUGCCACCUUAUGGGGUGGCCCUGGCCAAUGGCUACACUUUCCUCUCCUGGGCCCCAGCUCUCGGCCCUCCUGGGACGCCCACCCCAACUCUGCUCCUUCUGGAUUUUCCGUCAUCUCAGCAGCCCUCCAUGCCCCCAGCUCACAUCUCCACCAUACCAGGGAAGCGUCCUGUCUGUGGUCUCCUAACUCCUGUGUUGGCUCACAGAUCUGCUGGGCUCUGGGGUGCCGGGUUGCUUCAUGUUGUGACUACUCACACCAGGGAAGCCUCUUUCCUUGUGUCAGGAGGCAGCAGCCUUGCCAGCGCUGCUCAAUGGACCUGUCCUGCCCCAGCAUCUCCCAGUUCAGAACCACAUCCUGCCAGUCCCAGCCUCAAGCCACACUGUCUUCCCCACCCACAGCCUCCCACGGCACCCACUGCACUUUCCCCUGCCUCUUGGAUGGCUUUGGUUGUAAAGCAGGUGCAGCCUGACUUGGAUUCUUCUGUCCAUCUCUGGUCAUCUGUCCAUCUGUCUCUCCAUUGGACUUCCAAAACCGACUCCUCCCUUCCCCCUUGGGCCUCCCCUCCUGCAGAACAACUCGUCCUGGCUCUGGCCUUGGCCACUCUCAGCCCAACACUAGACAGUUUGCAGAAUGCACAGACCCCAGACCCAGAAGUGACUGAGGAUGUGGUGCUGGGCUUGAGUCGCUGGCUCAGGGCCCCUGCCCACCACCUGCCCUCCCUCAGCCUCCUCGGAUACUUCUCUCCCCCCUCCAUCCAUCAGCCUGGUUUCCCACUCUCCAUGUCCACCACCGGCUCGCUGGGCACCAGGCCUCGUGGAGCUUUGCAGAGCUGAGGCAGUCAGGUCUGGAGACGUGGCCCACGUCUGGGCAGACCCCCUGACUUCUCUGGCCCUCCUAGUGUAGGAUCCGAUGGUGAGCAGGAGGGUGAUCCUGUCAGCCCGCUGAGCCCUGUGUCCUGGCUCCUUUCAGUUCCGCCGCUGAUCUCUGUGCCUUAGUCUACUUCUCCGCACAGGGGGGCUCGCCCCACAUCCAUCGCCAGCUGCCUCUGCGGCUGGGCCUUGUCAGCUGUGGCCCAUCUCUGUGGCCUUGCCUUGGGACAGGACACCCCUUCCCCUUCCAGACCAGUGGUUCUCCAGUUCUGUCCCAGCAGCAGGAACAUCCCCAGGGAUCUUAAAAGUGCAGAUUGUCAGCCCCACCCAACACCCACUGAAUUACAACUUCUGGAGAAAGGCCCGGCAAGCUGGAUUUUAAGGAGCCUUCCAGAGGGUUCUGAUACACGAGUUUGACAACUGCUGAUUUAGGCCAGCAGUCAGUGCAGCCCGGGAGACUGAACACAGCCCAGGCCAAGAGCAGAUGGAAAACAGCACCCUCACCUUGUGAUUGGAAACAACCCCCCCCACCCCCCGCGCCCCAAACAACGCGAUACAAUCUCUUGCUGGAAGCUGGAGGGUCUACAGAAGACAUGCAGGUUUUCCUUUCGCUGUCCCUGGCCUGGUUCCAGCCCUGCUCACCUUCCCCAUCUGUCUGGGUUUUAGGAAAGUUUGUGUGGGUGGUGCCAGCCAGGCAGGGGAUGGAAGUCCUGGGGAGGCGGGAGGCGAAAGACCCUGUUAGUGUGUCUCUCGGGAACCUCACCAUGGCCAGAUGGCCUCUUCACAUGGAAAGAACCCUAACUCCCAGGAAAGAAGCCUAAGUCCCCAGCUGUUCCUCCUCUUCCUCCCAGCUCCAGGGAGACCUUGCAGACAGUGCCAAAAAGCAGCCCCUCCCCCUCCAGCAGCCGACUUCCUCUUCCUCCUCCUCCUCCCAACCCCUUCCCAAACCCCCGCCAAUACUGUGAAGCCCCCUUCUCACCCAGCCUGCUUUCCUGGUAAGGGUCCUGCAGUCGUGGGCCCUGGGGACCCCCAUGGAAAGGCCCUCGGGAGGGAAGGGACCAAGGGCAUCCUUGGGCCAACUGUGCGUCCCUCCUGUCUGCUGUCCUCUCCUCCCACUUCUGUCUUCAAGAGGCUCCUUCCCAGGAUGGAUCGGGUGUGAAGACAACCGCAGUCCCAUCCACCAGCGCCCCCCGCCCCGUGUCGUAUUUCAGACAUGCGCGUAAUUGUACAGUGUAAACUUACAAAGCGUUUUUAAUGGCUGUAGAUUGAAAAUAAAGUAUGUCACACAAGCA